AUGAACACAACAAAUAUUACUAAUAAUUCUUUAUUUUCAUACGAUGAUUAUUUUACAAAUACACUUGAAAUUAUACAAGGUUCAAUUUAUAUACCUAUUUUUUGUGCUGGAAUUGGCAAUAAUAUUUUAACUAUUUUAAUUAUUUCACUUAAUCAAGAUAUGAGAACAGUAACUAAUUGUUAUUUACUUAAUUUAGCUAUAAGUGAUACAUUACCAUUAAUUGUUAGUUUACCAUUUGAAAUUUCGUUUUUACCGAUUGAAGUUCCUUGGGGUCAUCUUGGCUGUCGAAUUCGUGCUCUUCUUGCCGAAACUUCAACUAAUGCAUCUAUACUAACCAUAAGCGCAUUUACAAUUGAACGUUAUUUAGCUGUCUGUGGUCCUUUUCGUAUAUCAUCUUUAUCGACAAUACGACGUGCAAUUAAAGUUCAAAUAUUUAUUUGGCUUAUUGCUAUACUGUCAUCUACACCUUAUUUUUAUUUUACAAACAAUGUUGAUCAUCAAUGUUUAUUUGAUCGAAAUUUUCAAUUAUUUGUUACUAUAUGUUUAUACAUAUCAGCCAUUUGUUUUUUUCUUUUACCAGCAUUUAUACUUUGUCUUUUAUAUGCUUUAAUGGCACAACGAUUAUAUAAUAUUGGUUUACUUCAUGAAAUACAUAGGUCAAAAAAUGAAAAAAAUAAUUCGAAUCUUUUACCGAUGAAUCUACAACCUUACCGAAGUGUCGAUAGUCGUUUAGAAAAACGACAAUUUCGACCGACUAACUAUUCAUUAUCACGUACUUUAACAUUAACACGACAGUCAACAUAUCGUAAUGGAAAUAGAGCAUCACCUGGUUUGUUAUUACACAUACAAGCAAUGAAAAAAUCAGCUUUUAAAAUGCUUUGUAAGUUUAUUUUAUCAUUAUAG